GGCAUUCAGAAUUCAGAUUUCACGCAAAUACCUAUGGCGUUAGAGGUGCAAUGCGGUGUUUUUAUGGAAGCCCAAGCAAGAAUAUCGUGAUCAAAAUGAACAAUAAAACUUUAACAAAAUGAUUUUAUGUGCAAGUUAGCGUGCUCGAAAUAAAAAAAAUAUUUAUGAUUCUUUGUGAAGUUUAUCAGUGAUAAUUUUCGUUGUUUUUAAUAGUAAUGUUGCGUCGAGUUAACUUUUACUCAAUAUGUAUCGCGUUCGGGCUCAGUGUUCUAUUAAUUCUUGCUGGAAGUCGGUAUACAGAUAAUACUUAUUACCGUCCAUCCCCUGAAAGUCACAGAAUUAUUGAAAUUAAUAUACCACAACAAACUCCCACUAAUCCCGAUGAUAGCUCUCUGAAUAUUGCUACAAUCAUGGAAAAAACACGAUAUAAAAUUAAAAUUGAAUUAGAAAACUAUAACUUUACAGUCUCGAGCGUGAAAAAGCUUGAAGACUUAAUAAUGGAGUCCGGUGGACAACCUUUAAGAAGUAUAAUUAUAUCUACUUGGCGAUCAGGUACCACAUUUUUGGGGGAGGUGCUUAAUUCUGUACCUGGAAAUUACUAUCACUAUGAACCUCUUCUAAAUUAUGAAAUUAUACAAAUUAGAGGUUCUCCUUACUCAGACAAAGCCUUAGAAACAAUCACUAAAAUGUUAAAAUGUGAUUAUAAUGGUAUGGAUGAGUAUUUUGAGUAUGGUAAAACGCAUUUACACCAAUUCAGUCAUAAUACAAGAUUGUGGGACCACUGUAAAUAUAGGAAGGAAUUGUGUUUAGAUGCUAACUUCACCUCAAAGUUUUGUAAACUCUUUCCUUUUCAAAGUAUGAAAAUAGUUAGAGUCAGGUUACACCUUAUACAACAGUUACUGGAGAACAAAGAGCUUAAUAUUAAAGUGGUCUUAUUGAUCCGAGAUCCUCGUGGAGUGAUGCAGUCCAGACAGCACCGUAACUUUUGCCAACCAUCCCCUGAUUGUUGGAAACCAGAGUUGUUAUGUGCUGAUAUGAUCAGUGAUUAUGUUGCAGCUAGCCGGUUAAUUAAGCUUUAUCCUGACAGAAUUAUAGUACAGAGGUAUGAAGAGUUAGCAUUAGAUCCAAACAGUACCGUGCCUAGUCUUCUAAAGUUCCUAGGAAUCAGUCCAACAACAUCUGUUGAAGAGUUUCUUCUCUCACAUACUAAUGUUGAAGUGUCUGGUGUCAGUUCCACGUUCAGGGUGUCCCGCGAAGUGCCUUUCAAAUGGAGAAAUGUUUUAAAUUACAACUUUGUUGAGGAUAUACAGUUGGUAUGCAAAGAAGCGUUAGACCUUUGGGGAUACAAGCUGGUGCACAAUGCAACGCAUAUGAUCAGUAAGGACUUUAAUCCCUUGGCAAAUUACACAUUGAUGCAGUAACAUUUUCAUUGAUGUAGAGGUGAUAAACGCGAACCAUUCUUUUAAGGUUUGAUUUCUUCACUGAGGACUUCCUUCAUUCCACUUAAGGUAUUCGAAUCAUAUCAGUAUUAUUUCUGUGAGUUAUCAUUUUCAUUGGAAACAUUUUAACGGAUUUUUACACCAAAAGGUUGGUUUGGAUAAUUGGUCAAUUGUAAUGACGAUAUAAAACAAAAGCGCAUAUAAAAAAACCAUAGCAUUUUUUAAUUAAAAUGUAAU